UAGCUAGUGAUAAUAAACUUCAAACAAAAACUUGUUUGCUGAAAAAAUACUUUACAAUUUUAUUGUUACUAGUUAUUUGCUAAAGGCAGCUCGUGUUAUCAAGUUAAUAUGCGGGUUAAUGUAAUUAUAUUAAAAUCGUUAUCAUGUGUGCCAAGGGUCGAGGCUGAUGUUGCAAGAUUUGCGGUGCGCUACAGAAGAUUGUAUACUGAUGUAAGCUCAGCGCCAGUAAGUUCCUCUAUGGGGGAGCAUCAUGAGGCGUCACCGGCGACACCGGAAGGUGCACGGUCGCCGCUCACCGAUUUGCUGGGUCGCCGCCACGAUUACUUGCGAAUUUCUUUGACCGAGCGGUGUAAUUUGCGAUGUCAGUACUGCAUGCCCCCGGAGGGCGCGGCGCUGUCGCCCCGCGAGCGGCUGCUGUCGCGCGCGGAGCUGGCGCGGGCGGCGCGCGUGUUCGCGGCGCUGGGCGUGCGCAAGCUGCGCCUCACGGGCGGCGAGCCCACGCUGCGCGCUGACCUCGCCGACAUCAUACAGGACUUAACCAGCAUAGAAGGGAUAAAAACGGUCAGCAUGACCACGAACGGGCUGGUGCUGACGCGGCGCCUGCCCGCGCUGCAGCGCGCCGGGCUGGCCGCGCUCAACGUGUCGCUCGACUCGCUGCGCGCCGAGCGCUACGAGCACAUGGCGCGCCGCCCGGGACUGUCGCGGGUCCUGGCGGGCGUGGACCUCGCCCUGCAGCUGGGAUACCGCCCUCUUAAAAUUAAUACCGUGCUCAUGAAGGGCUUCAACGAUGAUGAAAUUUGUGAUUUCGUGGAGUACACACGGGACCGUGAAAUCGAAGUCAGGUUCAUCGAGUUCAUGCCGUUCAGCGGCAACGCGUGGGACGACAGCAAGCUGGUGCCGUACCGCGCCGCGCUGCGCGCCGUGCUGCGCCGCCACCCCGACCUGCGUCCGCUGGCGCCGCGCGCCAACGACACUGCGCGCGUGUGGCAGGUGCCGGGCUACGCGGGCAGCGUGGGCUUCAUCGCGUCCAUGACGCAGCAGUUCUGCGGCUCCUGCAACCGCCUGCGUCUCACCGCCGACGGGAACCUCAAGGUAUGCCUGUUCGGGGCCGCGGAGGUGUCCCUGCGCGACGCGAUGCGCGCGGGCGCCGACGACGCGCGCCUGGAGCAGCUCGUGCGCGCCGCGCUGCGCAACAAGAAGCCGCAGCACGCCGGUAUGCAGAAUCUCGCCAAGAUGAAAAACCGGCCGAUGGUUCUGAUCGGUGGAUAACGGCCGGGGUCCGGGCCGCCCCGUCCGCUCGCCCGGCGGCCGCGCGCUGCUACUCCACGCGCGCGGGCGCGGACGACG